AUGCAAACAUUCAAGAGUCUAUUCCACCUUGUUGUUAUCUUAACGUUGUCCAGCGCCCCUUCUCCAACAGCUCCGUUCUAUGCCACAGUCCCAGAAAACGCCCCUAUCGGAAGAAACGUGACCGGCGUUCUAACCACCUCUCAUAUGGGCGAAGAGGAAGUUCGGUGUGAAAUUGUAAAGGGAAACGAGCAUGGUCGGUUUAAGGUAACUGCCUGUAGAAUCACCGUUUCACGUCCGUUGGAUUAUGGAGUCAGUCCAAUGUACAACCUCACGGUCAACGUUAUUCGGUCUGACGGAGAGGUGGGAGUGAAGCACGUGGUUAUACAGGUCCAGGACGUACUAGGAUACCCUCCUGUUUACAACAACACUUGCGAAACGCCAGUUCUGAAUGCGGGUCAAGAGGGGAACUCGGGCAGUUGGAUUUUUGAGGUGACAGGGGAGGCGGAGAUCAUGGAGAAACAUAGUGGAAUUAUUCUCCUCAAAGGCCGGAAUACGGAUCCUCAGUUACAACUGGAUCUAAUGGACAACAUAUCUUACUCCGCCAGUAGCGACUGCCGCUUGCAGUUUGUAGGAGCUCAUUCGCCUAAAAAUUUACGCUCAACAAUCUACGGAAUGGGGAUGGCCCACAUGCGCAGGUCAGGUUUCAAAUGUCUCCAAUGUUUCACCACACCGGAGGAUGCAGCCGUCUUGGAAGUGGCAUUUCUUAACGCUGAUGGGAACACUGAAUGUGGUUUCGGAAGUGACAUAGGGCGACAUUUUGACUAUCUCUCCCAACGGUUUAACGUUGUCGGUUCGUUUCGUAUGUUCCAGUCACCAGAAGCCAACAAACGGUACCGUUUCAAAUGCAAAGUGCCAAACCUAACAUCUUCUUUGGCAAUGAAAUUGCAGUAUCUGGAAUAUGAGAUUACAAACUUCAUUCGUCUAGAAUCUGAGGCGCAGGUCAUAGGAUGUCCACCGAACAAGUAUGGCAUCAUGUGUGAACAUCAUUGUGUCUGUAAAAACGGCGCCCGCUGCCAUGGUUUGAACGGAGCCUGCAAAUGUCAACCUGGGUGGCAAGGUGGCAUCUGCGACAUACCUCAUAGUACCGUGGCAAUCAUCGCGACUCCUAGCGACUCACGACAGAUUCACAUCAACGGGUCCUUGGCAUUACAAUGCAGAGCUUUCCAUUUACCUGUCGAAAGUAUGACGUGGGGAUUCCCCAAUGGAACCCAAAAGUGGUUACAGAGAACUCAAACAGAUCAUAUAAGGAUCGAAAGCAUCCAACCCGAACACAAUGGUACCUACACCUGUACUGUAGUUACAGAAGACAAAACUGUUGUUCUCGUAAGUUACGAGCUUCAGGCAGUCACCUGUCUGCCUGGUUACAAGGGUGAGUUGUGCGCAGAUGCUUGCGACUGUCCACAAAGUGUCAGUUGUGACCGGUGGAGCGGCUGUGUCUGUCUAGGAUGGACAGGGAUAAAGUGCGAGACUCGGUGCCCGCAGGGCACGUAUGGACAUAGCUGUAGUAGUAAGUGCCAUUGUCAGAAUGCAUACCUCUGCGACCAUGUAAACGGUCGGUGUGACUGCAGGGAAGGAUGGUUUGGUUUAGACUGCAGUCGGCCAUGCCCACAUGGUCUAUACGGACUCAGAUGUCGGCAUUCAUGUGACUGUAAGAACAACGCCAAGUGUCACCACGUGGAUGGAAACUGUACAUGCGCGUCACCCUGGACUGGGCAGCGGUGUGAUGACGUUAUCCCAACCGAUAUUCCUAAAAUCAAUUUCCAAAUCGACAACCAAACCAACACAUUCCCGCUGCCAUUGCAAAUAUCUAUACCAAUUUUACUGACCUUGCUUGUGUCAGCAGCAUUAGUGGCGAUUUUUAGAUGGCAGCGGGCUGCUCGAGUGAUGGAGGAUGAAGGUUUAAAUGAGAUGCAGGCUCUACUUGAACUGACUAGUAUGGAAGAAGGCCAAUACUUAGCACAGAGCCUGCAGCCCGGCUGGCUCAAACGAUGGGAGAGGAAGGCAAAGGAUUUGACUCUAGGUCAACUAAUAGGGAUUGGUUCAUUUGCACAUAUCAGAAAGGGUCAUCUCCUCAUUGACAACACUGAAUACACUGUAGCCGUGAAGUCCGUUCGUAUUGAAGACAGACAGUGCUGUCGAGCAUUCUGCCGGGAAGUUGCUGCACUUAUAGCUGUUAAUGAAAACCAAGAGCACAAUAAUGGGGCUUCCAACAUAGUCCGGCUGUUUGGAGUCAUCACAAAGUCCACACCAAAGUAUAUUCUCUUGGAAUAUGCUGAAAAUGAUGAUCUUUUGCAACUUCUAAAACGAUUAAAGCAACAAAAUGAAAGUCGACAGAAUCAUAUUGUUCUUCUCAGCCGCCUUCUGCACUAUGCUGUCCACAUAUCACAUGCACUGAAGGAGCUUCGACAUCUGCGUAUUGCUCAUGGUGACGUGGCCGCGCGAAACGUUCUUAUCAGUGGAGAUCACAUCGCUAAACUCACUGAUUUCGGUCUGGCCCAUGACUUGUACAGCAACAUUUCGCACGCGUCCUCAAUGAAGAUAGAUACUGAGGAGCUCUUGCCUUUGAGCUGGAUGGCUUUGGAGUCACUGAAAUGCCGUCAGUUCACUUGUGAGAGCGACGUGUGGUCGUUCGGUGUGCUGCUGUGGGAGAUUGCCACAUUCGGAGAGGAGCCCAACUAUCAGCAAAUGGCACUGCUCACCUUUCCUAGCUUAGUAGAAGUUCUAAAGCAGGGGGUGCGUCUGCAGAAGCCACCAGGAUGUCCAGAAGGGCUCUAUGAGGUAAUGAUGUCGUGUUGGCAGGAGGAGCCUUCAGCCAGACCUACACCAGAGGGACUGGAGCAGAGACUUACAGACUGUCAACACAAAAUAGACCUUCAAUUUGGGGAGAUGGAGACAACAGUUUGAUUUCAAAUACAUAAAAGGAGCACUAAGAUAGCCCGACUCCUGUUUAAAUGCCAGGACAGGUAGAUAGAGAAAUUGUGACACUAAGGGCUAGAGCUCCAGACGAUGCAACAUAGACACUACAGUGUAAGUUUGUAAUGUUUAACUUUA